AUGGCAUACCCAAUAGAAACCAGAGAGGAAACCAACAAAACGAAAAGCAUGCUUCUGGUAGCCGAAAUAAUGACGCCCAAGACUAUAGUGGGAAAAACAAGAGUAGAUCGAAUCAGGAAAACAGACUUCUGGGAACAAUGUGGGGUGCAAGGCAUCGUAAGAUGGGGGAGACAAAGAAAAAGAUACUGGUACGCCCACAUGAGAAGAAUGGAAGAGAGUAGACUGUCCCGCAUCGUACUUGAAGGGAAACCAAUAGGAAAAAGAGAACCCGGACGACCACCUAAGAGAUGGAUGGACAGUUAG